UGUUUGAAAUUAAGUAAGAUAUUUAAUUGUGUAUUAUGUUAAUUUUAUCAUAACAACAGGAAGAAGCUGAGUUGGAAUUUGUGAAGAUUCAUGCUCCAUGGGAAGUAUUAAGUCGUUAUGGUGAAAUUAUGCAAUUCAAGAUGCCUAUUAAAGAGCCUGCUGAUUUUGAUAUCUCCAAAUGUUAUAAAGAUAAACCAAUUCGACAUGCCAGCAUUCAAGCUCAUUUCUCACUUGAACCUUAUUUAAAUUUUGAUAAAAGGAAAAGGCUAACACUUGUUUUUAGUAGGAGCAAAGAAUAUUUAUUUGCAAUUCCAAAGCGAAAAGAAGACUUAUUUAAUCCUGCUCAAAGAUCUCAAAUUAUUGAAUUUAUAUUAAAACGGAAACGUUUUACUCAGGAUCCUGCUGAUGUUUUUGGAUUUGGUAUAAAAAAGUUAUUGGCUGAUGGAGCUUAUCUUGCUUCUUUUCCUUUGCAUGAGGGAACUUGUGAUGAGAAUGACAAUGACAUAAAUAAUCCUAGAUUAUUUCUUUUAAAAAAUUGGGCAACUGUUCGUUGCAUAUUUAAACAACAACCUUUAGAUGAAAUAAGGUGCUAUUUUGGAGUUAAAAUUGGAUUAUAUUUUGCAUGGCUAGGAUUUUAUACUUACAUGUUAACUUCUGCUUCAAUAGUAGGAAUUCUCUGCUUUAUAUAUGGAUGCAUAACUCUUAACAAAAAUGUUCCCAGUAAAGAAAUUUGUGGAAUUAUGAGUAAUGUGACAAUGUGCCCUUUAUGUGAAGAUGAAUGUCGAUACUGGAAACUUGGAGAAUCCUGCAAUGCAGCUUCUCUUACUUAUUUGUUUGAUAAUGCAGCUACAACUUUCUAUGCAAUAUUUAUAUCUAUUUGGGGAACUGUGUUUUUGGAAUUAUGGAAAAGAUACUCAGCACGAAUAACAUAUCGUUGGGAUCUUGCAGGAUAUGACAGUACAGAUGAACACCCACGACCAGAAUAUCUUGCUAGACUUGCUGAUGCAAAAAAGAAAUUAAAUGUUGUUACUGGAAUGUAUGAACCUUAUAUUCCAUUCUGGAGAAAGAGAGUUCCUUAUACCCUGUUUUCAAUGUCAAUUGUCUUGCUACUGGUUAGUAUUGCAGUUGCAGCAGUUGUGGGAGUUAUUCUUUAUAGAUUAUCCCUUAGAGCAGCUCUUACUACUAUUGGGGGUUCAGAGGAUACUGUUACUCAGUUAUCUGUUAUAAUAACUUCUAUAACAGCUGCUCUUCUUAAUCUUAUAUGCAUCAUGAUAUUCAAUUGGAUAUAUUCAAAAAUAGCAACAUACUUAACAGAAAUUGAAAUGCAUAGGACUUUAACUCAGUUUGACAAUAGCCUUACAUUGAAGAUGUUUUUGUUGCAAUUUGUGAAUUAUUAUUCAUCAAUAUUUUACAUUGCAUUUUUUAAAGGAAAAUUUGUAGGUCAUCCAGGAGAUUAUGUUUCAUUUGUUGGUUAUCGUCAAGAAGAAUGUGGUAUGGGUGGAUGUUUGAUGGAAUUGGCUAUUCAACUAAUAAUUAUAAUGGUGGGAAAACAAGCUUUAUUUUCUUUUAUGGAAAUGGCUAUACCUUGGAUUUCUUGGCUCUAUAAACAAUGGCAAAUAAGAGGUCGUCAUCUCAAACAUGUAAUUGAAACAAUUCAUAAUAGAUGGGAAGAAGAUUAUACUCUUGUAGAAUGGAAGACUGGUGACUUAUUUUAUGAAUAUCUUGAAAUGGUAUUACAAUUUGGAUUCAUAACAAUCUUUGUUGCUGCUUUUCCUCUGGCACCAGUAUUUGCAUUGGUAAAUAAUGCAUUUGAAGUUCGUCUAGAUGCUCGAAAGUUGGUUACAUCCUAUAGAAGACCAGUGGGACAGAGAGUUCCUGAUAUUGGUAUAUGGUAUCCAAUAUUAAAUGCCAUAAGUAGAUUUGCCGUCCUUACAAAUGCUAUAAUUAUUGCUUUUACAUCAAAUACGGUUCCUCGUCUCAUUUAUCGUAUGACAGAGUCUCCAGAUGGAAGCUUACGUGGAUUUGUUAAUAAUUCCCUGUCCUAUUUUGAUGUUGAAGAUUUCCAUCCAAAUAUUAAUGUCAAACCUCUAGAUUCUAAGAUUGAGUUUUGCAGAUAUCAAGAUUUCAGGCAUCCACCAUGGUCUGAGAUAAAGUAUCAGCAUACAGAAGAAUUUUUAUUUUUGCUAGUAGCACGAUUUGCAUUUGUAAUAAUAUUUGUGAUUGUUAUCUCCCUCUUGAAAUCAUUAGUGAGAUGGAUGAUUCCGGAUGUACCUAAACGUCUUAAAGAGCAAAUCCGUCAUGAAACGUUCCUCACUAAUGAAAUGAUGAUUGAGCAAGAAUUGAGAAGAGCCAGAGGUUUAUUACGAAAAAAUAAGAAUGUGGAAGCUGAUCAAAGCAAUAAUUAGUUGCUCAAAAAAUAGUACAAUAACAUUAAAAUCUUGCAUAUCAUUUUUUAAUAUUUUAUAUGUAUUUUUGUAUAAAAAUUUAAGGUUAAAAAAAAGGCAAGCUGUGAUCUUUUUCCAAGGCUUAGAUCUCAAAAUUAUGUUAUUUGUCUGUGAUAAACUUAAUUUUAAUAUCUCUCCUGCAAGAAAUGCAAAAUUUAGCAAUAAACGUUAUUAAAGUAGGGAUUUUAAA